GCUGCUCACCUUCUCCCUCUCUUUCUCCUCCCCCCUCCCUCACCAUGUCGAGCACCAGCGCCCUGCUAGCUGUGGCCGUGGCCCUCUGCCUCCUCUCAUCCUCACUCGCAUUCGUCCCCAGCGCUCCCGCAGCACUCCGAUCUAGGCAGCAGCAGCCCAAGAGGUCAGUUACCUAACUGCCUCUGCAGUAGAAGAGGAGGCAGAUGCCUUAUUGUCCAGAUGCUGUCACACAUCUGAUCUGUGCCUGUUUGUCGCUUGAUGGGUGUGCUGUGUGCUGUGCAGGUCAGUGAUGCGUGCGCAGGCCACUUUGGACGAUAUGGUGGGGGGCGACGGCCCUGAACCAUUCAGCAGAAAUGUAGGUGGGGGUGCUGGGCCAUCGCUGCAGCCCUUGCGUGAGGCUUUGGGGUGUGUGUGUGUGUGUGCGUGUGUGUGUCCAGUUUGAUCCCCUCGGUUUGGCCGAGCAGUUCCCCCAAUACCUCACCUUCUUCAGAGAAGCUGAAAUCAAGGUCAGUCAGUCAACAGCACACACCCACACACGGACAAAUCCAUGACACACACACAUUGCUGUGUGUGUGUGUGUGUGUGUUUAGCAUGGUCGCAUUGCCAUGUUGGCUGUGUUGGGUAUGGUGGUGCCCUCCUUCUGGACCCUCCCCGGCCGUGAGGGCAUCUCAGUCUUGGCCGCCCACGACAAAUUCGUCGAGAAUGGUGUCAUGGGACAGGUUGGUGCGCACACCACACCCCGACGAGGGCCACAACACGCACCCACCGGUGUGUCUGUGUGUCUGUGUGCAGCUGCUGUUUUGGGUCUCCUUGUGGGAGAUCGUGACCUUCAAGACCGUCGUCGACAUGGACGAGAAAGACCGGUAUGCUCAACGCUCAACACUCUGCAGCCAUCCAGUCGUCCACCUACCACAUCGUGUGCUGUGGUGUGUACUAUGAUGCGUGGCGUGUCAGUGAGCCGGGUGAUUUCUCGAUGGAUCCGUUCGGCUGGACCAGGACCCCCGAGAGGGCGCGGGUGCUCAGGACACAGGAACUCAAGAACGGGUGAGCGGAGCCGCACAAACAGCCGCAUCGAUGUUGAGUCAUGUCCACUCCGGCUGCCUGGCUUCUCUGUGUCUGUCUGUUUUGUCAUCAGCCGCCUUGCGAUGCUCGCAUUCUCGGGUAAGCCUACCACCACACACACAGAGACAGGGAGGGGGGGAGGGCGAGGCUGCUUCUGCACCGAACCCUGGUUGUUUGGUUGUCGGUUGUCGCAUCCAUCCAUCAGGCAUGAUCACCCAGGCGGCGUUGACGGGCAAGAACUUCCCCUUCUUUUAGUUAGUCUCUUGGCCAGCCAGUCAGUGUAUGUACAUGAUGUGAUGGAUGAGGGGGGGGGGGGGGGG